AUGGAAAAGGGAAAUCGCUCGACAGUGGCUGAGUUCAUUCUCUCAGGACUGACAGAUCGUCCGGAGCUGCAGGUCCCUCUCUUUGUGCUGUUCCUAGUGAUCUAUUAUAUGACCAUAGUGGGGAAUCUGGGGAUGAUCUUGUUAAUUAGGAUUGAUACCCGACUCCACACCGCAAUGUACUUUUUCCUGAGUAACUUGUCUUUCCGUGAUUUCUGCUAUUCCUCGACAAUCUCCCCUAAGAUGCUGCUGAACUUCUUAGCCAAAACUAAAACGAUUUCAUACAAUGCUUGUGCUUUACAAAUGUAUUUCUGUGGCUCUUUUGCAGAUGUUGAGUGCCUUCUGCUGGCUGUGAUGGCAUAUGACCGUUAUGUGGCCAUCUGUAACCCGCUGCUCUAUAGGGUCAUCAUGUCUAGGAGGCUCUGUAACCAGCUGGUGGCUGGGGUGUAUGUUACUAGCUUGGUGGAUUCAAUGAUACACACAUGUUUUACAUUUCGGCUGUCAUUCUGCAGCUCCAAUAUCAUCAAUCAUUUCUUUUGUGAUAUCCCCCCUCUGCUGGCACUCUCCUGCUCUGACACACACAUCAAUGAGAUUUUGUUAUUCACCUUAAGCGGCUGCAUUUUAGUGAGCAGCGUUGUGACCGUCCUUCUCUCCUACAUCUAUAUCAUCACCACCAUCCUGCAAACCCACUCUGCCGAGGGCAGGCGCAAAACCUUCUCCACCUGUACCUCCCACCUGACAGCCGUGGCCAUGUUCCAUGGGACCGUUCUCUUCAUGUAUUUAUGACCUGCCUCCAGCUAUGACAUGGAAACAGACAAAAUGACCUCAGUGUUUUACACCCUGGUGAUCCCCAUGCUGAACCCCCUGAUCUACAGCCUGAGGAACAAGGAGGUGAAGGGCACCCUGAGGAAAGCAAUGAAUAAAUUGUAA